AUGGAGAUAAUGAGGCGAGGGCGAAUUAUCCUGGAGAGAAGAGCACUUCCCCACUCGUUCUCACCCUCCAUCGGCAGGGCUUCCUCGUCUCAUCCUCCGCGCAGACCCCAUCGGCAAGGGUCUCAUGCUGCUCUACCUUCUUUGCUGGUUCCUCCUACUCGCCCUCGGACGGCUAGAGCCCCUCGAUCGGCCGCUCCCUCUCGCCCCCGGGUUGUUUCCCGUCCUCGGCCGGCUACUCCCGUGCGUCCUCGGGCUCCCACUUGCCCUCAGGCCCCCCGUGCGGCCCGGCCUGCUCCAUCAACACCAUUGCCCCCUGUUAGUGCUCCUAGAUCCACUUAUAUCCCUGAUCGGGGCCUUGGCGAAAGAUUGACGGGCCUUAGUGGGGGUACAGGCAAUAUUCCCUUUACCAGCUCUGCCUCUCGUGAUGCUUACCAAGCAGCUCGUCGAGCCCGUGCUGCAAAUGAUCACUUGAGCCAGAAUGUCUCCAGUCCUUCUAGACGCAGGGCUCGAUCACCCUCAGAUGACUCCGAUUCUGACGUCUAG